AUGGCUGGCACCGCGCCGAGAGCGCCAAAGGGACACUUCAACGUGCUGUACUUUGCGAGCGCCGGAUCGUUCACGGCGAAGGAGUACGAGGCUUUCCCGGCACCGCUGGAGCUGAGCAAGCUGUUUGACGUGCUGGAAGAGAGGUACAAUGGCAUAAGAGACAGGAUUCUCUCGUCGUGUCUGGUCACGGUCAACCUUGAAUACGUAGAUAUUCCCGAGGGCUCAAAUACGAGUGAAGGAGAAAGCAUCGCACCGGUCGUGAUCAAGGAGGGCGACGAGGUCGCCAUCAUUCCUCCGGUCAGCUCGGGUUAG